AUGGAUCACUCUGGCCACGACCACAGCACCCACAUGGACCACUCCGGCCACGGCGACAUGCACUCGGGUCAUCCUGGGAUGGGCGAAGGAGCGCCGAGGUGUAGCAUGAACAUGCUCUUCACCUGGAAUACGGAGAACCUCUGCAUCGUCUUCCGCCAAUGGCACAUCCACUCGACCUUCAGUCUCGUAGUCUCCCUUCUCGCCAUCGUCGCGUUGGCGGCCGGAUACGAGGCACUUCGCGAGGGCAUUAGACAGUAUGAGGCAUGGACUAAUAAGAGGGUGGAGACUACGCCUCACCCUCGAGAACAGUAUCGCGAUGAUGAUGACGUUGAACCACAACUUGAGGAUGAAGAACGUCUUGCUGAGACUACCAUGCCGUGGUUACUAGGGCAAAAUGUGGCUGCAGUCACCAAGCGGGCCCACGCCAUCAAGUCGGUCUUGUAUGGGAUCCAGAACUUUUAUGCGUUCAUGAUCAUGCUCAUCUUCAUGACGUACAACGGCUGGGUCAUGCUGGCUUGCUCUUUGGGAGCUGCGUUGGGAUACUUCGUUUUUGGGUCCCGUACUACUGCUACCAAGGAAACUGCUUGCCAUUAG